GGACCCCGAUCAUUCUUGGACACCAACUGAUUUCUUUGUUUUCUCGUUUAACUGUUUUGGAGUCAAACUCGAUAUAUAAAACAUAAAAUGCAAUACCAGGCUGCAGCAGAUGAUCAGUACUCGUGGGGUUACCUCAUGCCGGCCGUGAGGAGCAUGGGGCCGGACCCGUUGGAGCGGGUGGUGAGGCUGGCUUCCGAGAGCGCGGUGGUGAUAUUCAGCGUCAGCAGCUGCUGCAUGUGCCACGCGGUGAAGAGGCUCUUCUGUGGGAUGGGCGUGAACCCGACGGUGUUUGAGCUGGACCAUGACCCAAGGGGCAAAGAGAUCGAGAGGGCGUUGAUGAGGCUGCUUGGGAACUCGCCCGGUACUGUGCCUGUGGUUUUCAUUGGAGGGAAGCUGAUCGGUGCCAUGGACCGAGUCAUGGCGUCCCAUAUUAACGGGACCCUGGUCCCACUUCUCAAGGAGGCUGGAGCCCUGUGGCUCUGAGUGUGAAAGAACAAGUUAGACCCCCGGAAAUUAAUUUAAAGAUCUUAGCACAGAUGAGAAUGCAGGGAAAGGACUGGCCUGGUUUAGUUUUUAUGAGCCCAAAUGUUAGAUACAGUAGUGCCAUUGAUUGAUUCUAACUUUCCUUUGCUAAUCGAUCUUUGAUAUAUAAAGAAAAAUAAAACUUCGAGGUUU